AAAACAUUUUUUCCCUCUCUCAAUAUAUGUGAGGCUUUAGGCUUCCCUCACCCUUUUUUCCCCUUUGCCCACAUUUUGCGUGUAUUUCCCGAACCCCAUAAAAACCAAGCAAAGAGAAGAAAAAACCAAAAAACCCAUUUCUUCUCAAACCCUUUUUACUAAAAACCCAAACGAGAUUCUUGAGUUGCAGAAUCGAUUAUCAACCACAGUGAGAUGGUUGUUGUGUAUUAUUAUAUUUGUUGUUAUUGCCGAUUAUCUUGAGAUCUUGUCCUUCCUACAAUGUUCUUCAUUUUGUAGAGCGGACAAGGUAAAUAUACAUAUAUAUAUACUAUAUACUUACUAAAACAAGAAGAACUAGAAAUAGCAUUUUAAUCUGAUUUCAAUUGAUUUUGAUUUCAGCUUGAAAUGUGCCCAUUUGGGUAGUUUGGGAUUUCUGGGUUUUGUCUGGAUUCACUUUUUUUUUUUGAUAAAACAAAGAAAAGGUUGAAUUUUUCACUUUGAUUCCUUUGAAUUUCGACACCCUUUUGGUUUUCUUGGACCUUUUUGUUGGAAUUGGAGUUUUUUGUACUGUUUUUACUUACUGAGACAUUGCUCUUCGUACUGGUCUUGGUGGAAUUUUCUAGGGUUUCCUAAUCGGAUUGCUUACUCUCAAGUGUUGGUUCGAUUGCCUGUGGUUUGAAGAGUUUUCAGUGACCAUUUAUAGGCAGAUCGUCCGUUAAUGGGAGGAUAUUGGCAGGGGAUUUAACCCUGGAAAAUAGAAUGAUUUAGGCAAUGGAAGAGGACUGUAGAUACUUUUAGAAUUGUUGGAAGUUUACCUUGACGGAGUUUGGAAUUACUGUGUUGGAAUCUUGUUUGUAAAAUUUUGAAGUGGAGAGCAAGUUUAAUUUAUUGGGAUUUUGGAUUGAUUGAACGAGAGAGGAUUAAAUGAAAGCGAACUGAAGCUGGAGAGGAAUGUGGGGAUAUGGUGCAUGGAAGGGAGUAUAAUUGCUGGUUCGUUCCGUUACUGGAACACUGCUUUGAGAAGUUAAUUGGAGUUCAUUGUUUUCUGGACCGAGCAUUUUUACCUCGGAGUACAAUUCUGUGCAAUGUCUCGCUGUUUUCCAUUUCCACCACCGGGAUAUGAAAAGAAGCUUAGACCAGAGGAGGGUGACUUAUUAAAAGAGGAGAAAAGAAAGGAUAAAAAACAUAAAAAGGAAAAGAAAGACAAGGAGAAGAGAGAAGGUAAAGAAAAAAGGGAUAGAGACAGAAGUGAUGGGAAACACAGAGAAAAGAAAGAGACAAAGGAUAAACACAGGGACAAGAAGGAAAAACACAAGGACAAAAAGAAGGACAAGGACAAGGAUAAAGAGAAAAGCAGCAUCUCUGAGGAGGGAAGAGUUGCCGUUCCACCUGGGGCUUCUAGUGGAGGGAAGCUUCAUGAGAGAGAUGAACAUAAAGAUAGACAGAUUAGCUCAGAGAAAGGGAGAGAUGAACAUAAAGAUAGACACAUUAGCUCUGAGAAAGCCAAACUCCCAAAUCAGUUUCAUGUCCAGCAUGGAGAGAAGCCCUUUAAGACCAGCCUCUCUGCUGUUGAGGCAGAGGACUCAAAACAUGUGCAGGAGUUUGGCAGGAGAAUCAGAGAUGAAGAGAAGGGUGCGCAAAGUCAGUUGGCGGAGAGAUUUCCAGUUGAGCGGAAAAGAGAUGAAAAGUCAGACAGAGUGGGCAUCAAAGUUUUUGGAAAUUUGGCUGACAAGGAAAAGAACAAGGAGAAAGGAUCUGAUAACAAUAGGAUGGAUGCGGAAACAUUCAAGGGUGAACAUAAAAUUGGAGCUAAUGCAAUACCUCCCAGCCUUUCUACAAUGGCAAAGAGCAAUUUUGAAGGAACUCUUCCACCAUUGGAACAAAUUGUUGGGAAGAAGAGAGAGGAAACACCGAAACCUAAGGAAAGACGUGAUGACAAACCAAGAGAAAAAAACAAGGAUAAAGAAAGGGAAAAGCACAUUCAUGGAAAGCAGAAAGACAAGGAAAAAGAGAAGAAAAAGGAAGAGAAGGCAAAGGAUAAAAGUGAACACAAGAAAAGCCAGAAGGAUAAAUCUAAAGACAACAAUAAGAAUGAUUUUGUUGUUCUUAGUAACAAUAAACCUCCACUUGUAUCCAAGGAAAACAUCGCUGGUACAGCCACCGAGGGAAUUGUCAAAAAGAGAAAGAAUGUUGAAACUAAUGGUUUCCUGCAUGAGAGUGAAGUCAGGCCUGCUAAAUUGCUGCGGCCCUCAUCCUCUCAGCAGCCAACACAGAAUGGAAAGAAAUUGCACCCUCACCCAAAAGCAGACUUGUUUUCCUCUAUUAAACAGGGUGUUGCUUCUGAUAUUAAAGUGGAAAACAAGGAGCACAAGGUAAAUGGCAGUAUAGAAGGUCAGCCAUUGUUCAGUGUUAAGGCAACAGCUUCAUCCACGAUUUCUGGUGCUGAUCAGAUUGCUGAAGCAUCUAAAAAACCAUUGUUCAGUGUUGAGGCAAAGGAUUCUUCCAUGAUUCCUGGUGCUGAUCAGACUGCUGAAGCAUCUAGAAAACCAUUGUUCAGUGUUAAGGCAAAGGAUUCUUCCAUGAUUCCUGGUGCUGAUCAGAUUGCUGAAGCAUCUAGAAAACCAUUGUUCAGUGUUAAGGCAAAGGAUUCUUCCGUGAUUCCUGGUGCUGAUCAGAUUGCAGAAGCAUCUAAAAGACCUCCUCAUCCCGAUUCCAAGUAUGUAAGCCAGAUACUCUCAGUUCCUACAAUGGACGAUUGGUCUGGAUUUGAUGACCAGGAAUGGCUGUCCGGAAGCAAAAGAACUCUGCCCAAGAGUGCCGAAAUGUGUCUAAAUGAAGUCAAUAAGGAACAAUGUGUAUGGUCUGAAGCUUUGCAAAUAGACACUGCUGAUAUUUGUGCUCUGCCAUAUGUUAUACCUUACUGAAUGCUGUUAACAUGAUGAUUUCCAAGGACGAAACUCUUCCAGCGUUGCAGCACCGAGCAAGGUUGUGAUGGUGCUUGUUCUGAAAUUGACUCAAGAUCUUGAUCAAGGCGUCUUCCCCAUACCUAUGAAUUCCAUUAGACCCAUAAACCAUACAUUGGAACACCUCCGUUGAGAUCGUCCAUUAACAAUAGGUUGAUUGUUCUACUCCUAUAUCUUCCCAAACGAAAAGAAGUCUCCGAGAGUUAUCCAUCACCCGCGGAUGUACCUUGCAGUAGCUUAGAUGAAGGGGUGAGGGAGAUCCUUAUUGGCAUAUAUUUUGAUGCAUCCCCCUGGUGAAUUGGAUCGAAAUGGGACAGUGUGUCUAGGAAGAUGCAUAAGCUUGUGCAAGUUUAUUCUAUUUGCUUAAAAAGCUUGGGAUGCUCUUUCACAUUGAGUGUUAAAGAAUUAGCUUUUUGUGGUCUUUAUAACUCCACAAUUUUGAUUUGUAACAUAGUAUUACUAUAGUUGUAAGAUAGAAGGGGACUAAAAGGACAAACAGAAGUUUUAAAAAAAAAGUAGUAGUAGUUGCAUUCAUUUGAUUCACUGAGAUAUAAGGUCUAGUUUAUAAUGGAUUUUCCUUUUUGUGGAAAAUACCACAUAUAAUAUGAGGUUUCAAGUUAAUUGCGACGAAAAUUAUGUACAUUUGGAUGGAAGUAGACCUUUAUUUAGGGAUUUUCUUUUAAUAUUUGAAAUUGGUUCAUGAA